UUAUCAUGGUGCUAUCUACACCGCUACACUGUGCGAGGCGACCGCGCCGCCCUAUUCUUCAUUUCUUCGUUCCUCCUAUUUCACGGCAUUCAGAGCUAUCGGGAUGUUCAAUCUUCAAGUUCUUUACUGUUCUCUCUUCGCUGCGGUUUCAUAUAUCUCUUUUCCCUCACUAGUGCUACUCUGGCAUACCGUCUGUCUCCUUGGCAUCCCCUCAGCGCUUACCCUGGGCCUAUUCCAUGGCGCACGACUGGUCUGGUUCUGACCAUUGUGUCCCUUCGAGGAAAGCGUCACUUGGAUAUAGAUUCUCUACAUCGCCGAUACGGGGUAUUCGUCCGAAUUGGCAAGUCACCUCAUGAUUGCCCCAAUGCGCUUUCUAUUAACUCGUUUGCAGCCAACAAUGUCAUCUAUGCUUCCACGCAUCAUCAUAUGAACAAAAGUGAUUCCUAUCUCCGACCAGGGCAUGUUGCCGGCGUGUCUCUAUUCUUUAAACAGGACAGAAAGGAUCACUCCAGGCGGAAACGGAUAUGGACUGAGGCCUUUACAAGCACCGCUAUUCACGAGUUCCUUGGACCAUUGGAACAAAGGAGUCUUCAAUUGACGCAAUGCAUUCUGAAACAUAGGGACAAGGAUGGCGCGACAAAUAUGAUACAAUGUAUUGAUGACUGGUCGUACGAUUUUAUGGGAGAUAUGGUCUUUGGUGGAUCAAAUGACCUCGAGCUCAUGAGGGAUGGCGACGUUGAUGACCUGGUCCAUUGUGGGAAACUAGUCACGGUUAUAAUAGACAGGUUUUCCAUGCACAAACUACGACAUGUGGCGGCUCAAAUGAUGCGCCGGCGCGUAAAUGCAAAAGGCAGUGUGGCAAUGCGUGACAUUGCAUCGUAUCUGAUCGAAGGAGACCCUCACUCGGGAGCUAAGAUUUCGAUGCCUGACCUCGAGUUGGAUGCCUUAAUUGCUAUACAAGCAGGUGUGUAA